AUGUAUACCUCACCAAGACUUCUACAGCCGUUGAUUUGGGUGACAGGGGUGUUGGCUGUGUUUCCGGAUUGCCAGAACGGGCCGUUGCAGACUGAAACGAUAUGCAAUACAUCAGCCUCACCACUUGAUAGAGCAAAAUCUCUCGUCACCCUCUAUACCCUGGAAGAAAAAAUCAAUGCGACAUCCUCUGGGUCCCCGGGUGUUCCCCGUCUCGGAAUCCCACCCUAUCAAUGGUGGUCAGAAGGACUCCACGGCAUUGCAGGACCCUACACCAACUUUAGCACCUCAGGCAUCGAAUACAGCUAUUCGACCUCCUUUCCUCAGCCUAUCUUAAUGGGUGCAGCUUUUGAUGACCACCUCAUCACCGAUGUUGCGAAAGUCAUUUCCACCGAAGCUCGAGCCUUCAACAAUGCUAAUAGAACUGGCCUCGACUUCUGGACCCCCAAUAUCAAUCCCUUUCGAGACCCGAGAUGGGGCCGGGGUCAGGAGACGCCGGGCGAAGAUGCGUUUCAUCUAUCUUCGUAUGUGAAAGCGCUGAUUGCCGGGUUGCAGGGCGAGACCACAGAUCCGUAUAAGCGGGUUGUUGCGACUUGCAAGCACUUUGCCGGGUAUGACAUUGAAGACUGGAAUGGGAACUUGCGGUACCAAUUCGAUGCGCAGAUCUCGCAGCAGGAUCUCGUGGAGUAUUAUUUACAGCCUUUCCAGGCGUGUGUGCAGGCUAACGUUGGCGCCUUCAUGUGCUCGUAUAAUGCAGUAAAUGGUGUACCAACAUGUGCGGAUCCUUAUCUACUGCAGACAAUUCUUCGCGAGCAUUGGGGAUGGACUAAUGAAGAGCAAUGGGUCACUUCUGACUGCGAUGCGGUUCAGAAUAUCUAUCUACCACACCAGUGGUCCGCGACUCGUGAGCAGGCUGUGGCUGAUGCGCUGAUUGCGGGUACCGAUCUUGAUUGUGGUACGUAUAUGCAGGAACAUCUGCCUGGCGCUUUUGCGCAGGGUCUGGUGAAUGAGAAUGUGCUGGAUCAGGCGUUGGUCCGACAGUACUCUUCGCUUGUUCGUCUGGGUUGGUUCGAUGAUGCGGCCGAUCAGCCGUAUCGUCAGUUUGGGUGGGACUCGGUUGCUACGGAUGCCUCACAGGCUCUGGCUCGUAGGGCUGCUGUGGAGGGUAUCGUGCUGUUGAAGAACGAUGGGGUAUUGCCGCUUUCCAUUGACUCAUCCGUGAGUCUGGGUGUCUUUGGAGAUUGGGCGAAUGCUACUUCGCAGCUUCUCGGUAACUACGCUGGUGUACCAACAUAUCUACACUCCCCAUUAUGGGCGCUUCAACAAGAAAACCUCACCAUUAAUUAUGCAGGCGGUAAUCCAGGUGGCCAAGGAGACCCAACCACCAACCGUUGGUCAUCGCUCUCAGGUGCAAUAGCCACAAGCGACAUUCUGAUAUACAUCGGCGGCAUCGACAACAGCAUCGAAGAAGAAGGCCACGACCGAACAUCCCUAGCCUGGACAGGCGCCCAACUCGACGUCAUCUUCCAACUCGCUGCCACCGGCAAACCAACCAUCGUCGUCGUCAUGGGCGGCGGCCAAAUCGACAGCGCACCUCUCGCCAACAAUGCCAACAUCUCAGCCAUACUAUGGGCAGGCUACCCAGGCCAAGACGGCGGCCCAGCCAUCGUCGACAUCCUCACUGGAAAAUCCCCACCAGCAGGACGUCUCCCACAAACCCAGUACCCAGCCUCUUACACCAGCCUCGUCCCCAUGACAGACAUGGGACUCCGACCCAGUGAAAACAACCCAGGACGUACGUAUAAGUGGUACAACGGCACGGCAACCUACGAAUUUGGCCAUGGUUUGCACUACACCAACUUCAGCGCCACCGUCACCUCGCCCAUGCAGCAAAGCUACCGCAUUGCAGAUCUAAUGUCGACGUGCAAGAACGCAACUAGUAUCACGCUCGAGCGCUGCGCUUUCACCUCUGUGGAUAUCAGCGUUACUAAUACCGGGGCCGUGGCGUCCGACUACGUUACCCUGUGCUACAUAUCCGGAUCCCACGGUCCGGCGCCGCACCCCAAGAAGUCUCUGGUUGGGUAUCAACGGCUCUUUGGAAUUGCGGCUGGUGCGUCGGACACGGCGAGGAUUGACUUGACGCUGGAGAGUUUGGCGAGGGUGGAUGAGGUGGGGAAUAAGGUGUUGUAUCCUGGGGAGUAUAGCUUGAUGGUUGAUAAUGCGCCGUUGGCGGCGGUGGCGUUUCGUCUGACGGGCGAGGAAGAGGUUUUGGAUUUCUGGCCGCAACCGGGGGGAAAUAGGACGGGGAGCGGGGUAGAAGGGUUGGAGGGGUAUUUUGAGGGUGGGUUUGGGAGUGGCCAGGUUGUUGUGUAG